AUGAAUAGUUGCUUUCAUUUCCUCGAAAGCACCGAGAAUCUGAUCGAUGCUUAUCCAUACUACGUUGUGUUUUGGUUUAUUUUUACCACCAUGUCUUUCUUUCUAACAAUUAUUGGCAAUUCUAUCGUCAUUUACGCCUUUUGGACUGCCCCGAGCAUAGCUCCUCCCUCAAGAGUUUUCUUUAUCAAUUUGGCUGUGUCCGAUUUGCUGGUUGGUUUGGUCGUCCUGCCCCUCUCUGCAGUCUAUAGGGCAAGAAUUUUUAUCAGAUUAAACAGUCAGAGUAAUGAUUAUGAUAGUAGCCUGGAGUGCGACAUCACCAAGACAGUGGGGUUCUUCGCUCUUUUUCUCUCUGGGGUAUCCCUCAACUCUAUCGCAGUCAUAGCUGUGGAUAGAUGUCUUGGGCUGUCACUUCAUCUACGAUAUCACGAGUUGGUAACCGCAGUGAGAGCACUCAUCGUAGUAGCAACUGUCUGGAUUUGGUCUUUUUCUAUGGCUCUGACAUCAAUGGUUUUUUCUUUAAAGGAUAUUGUUAACUCUUCUUUCAUAUUAUUUAAAAUUGUAAUUACUACAUGCGCUUAUAUUAAGAUCUACAAAAUAGCGCGUCAUCAUCAGAAUCAAAUCUUCGACGAGGCUGAAAUUGAAAAUCAAAAUAACCAAUUGGUACGAUUUGUGCGCGCGAGUAAGCUGGCGUUUAAUUCCCUGUAUAUAUUCGUAAUAAUGCUUAUCUGUUACGCUCCCUAUGGCAUCAUCUCUCCUUUUUUCCGUAAGUCACCUAACCCCAGUCCAUCAUUAGCCUUGGGCAUGAGUGUAUCAAUUUCUAUAAGUCUGUGUAAUUCCUGCAUAAAUCCAUUGGUGUAUUGCUGGAAAAUUCGUGCAGUUCGCGUGAGAGCCAUCAACCUUCUGACGCGUGUACUUCCAGGAUGGAAUACUUGA